AUGAAAAACACAAACAUUGUUCCGAAGCGGAAUGGUGGUGCUUCGGGAUUGCCCUAUCUUUCAGAAAAAGACUCUCUCAUAAAACGAAGACCAGCAUGGGAAUCGAACAUGUUGGGAAGUCGUUCUGGAAGGAGACCACUCGGUAGUAGUUCAGGAACAAGAGGAACGUCCUUAACAACUUCCACGACCACAACAACAGUUACUAAGAAUGGUGUCACAACGACCUCUACGACUCAAACCCUUGUAAAACAUUCCUUCAUUGCCUCAAAACCACCAGAACCAACAUCAUCUCAACAAAAGCACUCUAGAAAUAAUGUCACUGCCACCAACCCUACAAGCGCUCAAAAAGCAAAACCCUCCAAUCGUUCCACUGUAAAUAAGAACAUAAAUUCAGGAUCUACGAAAGGAAUGAACUCACAUACCAAGUCACAACAUAUUGCACAACGAAAUGCCAACGACCAAAAAGCAGAAGUCUCAGCUCGAAACAAACAACAAGCCCAUGAUAAACAAGAUCAUUCAGAAUCGAAACCAAUACAACAUGUGGCACGUCUUCCAGUGCCAGAUUCCGUUUUAGAAAAUUUUGAAGCGUCUCCAUUCCAGCCAGACCAUAAAGUGUACCGACAGUAUGAGCAUAACUAUGCUGAAAUAGAUCAACGGGCUCUUUCCAUUCCAAAAUCUGAAGAAUCCACCUUGGAGAAGUGUGCUCAAUAUUUGACCAGUCCGUAUAACACCAUUGAGGAAAAAGCGAGAGCUCUCUACAGAUGGAUCACCAACAACAUUAGGUACGACGUUGAGGGAUUAUAUAGCGGAAAAAUGUCCUACACCUCGACGUCGGCUUGGCAGUCUCGAAAAGCUGUGUGCUCUGGGUACAGUGACCUAUUUAAGGAAAUGUGUAAGGUUGCUGGCAUUUCUGAUUGUGUUAGCAUUAACGGUUACGCAAAGGGAGCUUCCUAUGAAAUUGGAAAACCAAUAUCGUCUACCAACCAUGCAUGGACAGCAAUUAAAACUGAGGACGGUCAAUGGCAUUUAAUUGAGGCAACUUGGGGUGCUGGAUAUGUUAAUGGAAAGAGUUUCACCGCGAGAUUUGUCGAUAGAUAUUUUUUCAUGUCACCUUAUGAAUUUAUUGCUGCCCAUUUUCCAUCAGACAACAAUUGGCAGCUUCUUCCAACUCCAGUCUCCAAGUCAGUGUACGAAGAUCGAGUUUGUAUUAAUGCCACUGGUUUUAAUUUUGGUCUAGCCUCAGUCUCUCACCACAAAGGAUAUAAUAUUUUGAAAAAGUCCAAUGUUGAGGAAGUGGUGAUGAAGGCCCUGCCUGGAACAAAAUGGCUUUUUAAUUUAAGAGAGGCCGAUGGAGGUUCUCCUCUCUUCAGUAACGUAAACCCUAUUUAUUCAGAGAAUGGUGACACUGCCCAUGUUAAAAUUUUUCUGCCCAAGAAGAAUGUGGAAUAUCAAUUGUUAGUGUUUGUUGGACGCGAAGCGAACGGAGAGAAAGACUGGGGUUGCACCUAUGUGUUUAAAGUAAUUGAUUCUGCAUCAAUGGAUCUGUCUGGUUUUCCUCUUGUUUUCCCUAAAAUGGGAGAGUUAGGUUUUAAACUUAUUGAGCCCUCGUUUGGAAAACUUAAACGGAAUUCUGAAUACACUUUUAAGAUAGAAGCUCCUUCAGAGAAGUGUGACAUGGCCAUGUACAUGUCAAUUGAUUCUGACAUGAGAGCAUUUUCAAAGAAAGAUGGAUCUUCAAUCUACACUUUGACCACUAAAAUGCCAAGUAAAACUGGUCAUGCCAUCGUGUUUGCAGGUCAAGGACAUUUGGAUGGUCUUCUUCAAUACACUGUUGAAUAA